CUCUUAUGCCAUUGCAUGUUGCAUAAGGCAUAACGUGUCGGAGGUCUUGUUUAGAUAAAUAACAAUACACAAGUGUUUAUUUUUGGAGAUGAGGUCCGCAGGAACCCCAUUCUCUCAGGUCCCGGGUAGAUCUUAUCCAACGUAUCGUAGACCAAUAUCAAUAUCUUCCGAUCCUCCAAACACUAGGCUUGGAAUAAAUAGGGCGUCCACCGGGGACAGUUUUCGUAGAACAAAAACUGAGUGUUUGUCACCCAGGAGAUCUGAUAGAACACAAAUAGAUACCAUGGACAGGAACGCCAAAAUGCGGAAACGAAAUCAAAUGGCGUCACUGCGUACCAGAAAGCUCCACAGAGUUGCCAAAAUUCAGCUUGAUGGCCAGCUAAUGAAUCUCAACAAGCUUUUUAUGAGGGAAAGCAAAGAGCUAGACAGGGAAACUACAUUUAUUGAGGAUGAAGUGAAAAAAAUGGAAGAAAAAAACCAAGUUACUACGUUUUCUCGGGAUUUUCAACCUCAAAGCAAACGGCCGUCAGAACUUCCUGUUCUGAACAAACCGUCGUUCUUGGGGCGUGUCACCCCGUCUACGAGUGAUAUAUCGAUGACUGGACGUAGUGAGUGUGUGUAUUGUAAUGACAAUAGAUGUCACUAUUUCCCUUGCUAUCUCCCUAUCACGUACCAUCCAUUUGGGAUGAAUGAACAACUGAAGAGUUAUUCGGUGCUAAAAGACUACGAUACACUUUUGAGUCGAUGCUCAAAAGUGCGCCCACCCAGUAAAACGUCUAUGUUCGAGCAACAAAAGGAACUGCCUCGUGUAACUACUCCAAGCGGCAGGAUUCCUGUACAGGACCGAGAACGAGGCUUACAAGAAAUGAAAGACAGGAACCGGAAGUUUAAGUCACGGGACUGGGCUACAAAUUAUGGAGCACCACUUCCUCGGAGAAUAUUGCUAAAACCUGUCACUCAUGUAUCGGAGUCGAUGCUGAAAAUUAACUAAUUCCAAUCCACUAGAAGGAUUUGAACAUUAAUUCUGUUUAAUUGUCAAAAGCAGCAAUUUAUGGGAACAUGUAUUUUUGAAAACAAAAAUUCUUUACAUUGUCUCAAUUCAUAUUUUGUGCAGUAAUAUGAUCGAAAUAUGACCGUGAAAGUUUAAUUUAAUAAGCUAGUGAGUGUUGUUGAUUACAUGUAGUUUCGCCGAUAAUUUAGAAAGGCGUUACAAACGUGUAAAGUUUGUCCCUGAUAAUGCGCCAGUCACAGGUAGACACGUACAAGAUAGCUUCAGAAUGUACAUUGACAUCCUAUCAGGUUUGAGGCAGCUGGUGCGUAGUAAAACAGUAAGUCUUUUACUUUGAAACACUUUUUUGUGCACGUUUUCCAAUGUUUUAUUCAAGGAAUUGAUGUGGGUUGUCUUUAUCAUGGGGAUAUAAAACGAUGGAAAAAACACCCUUACUUGUUUUUAUUAUAUCCAUCUCACUGUACAUUAUUCGAUUCGUGACUCGACUUGUUUCUAUUUGUAGAAAAGUAGGGUUUUAUUGUCAAAUUGUUAGGCCAAUGUUUUUAUCGAUAAAUAAAAGACAUUGAAGCA